AUCCCAGCAACGGGUGCGUAGUCGAGAUCGAGCUACUACUGCGAUCGCAAGUAGAAUCGUCGAACCGUUGUGCGUGUCGGCACCAGUGCCCAUACUUGUACUAAACUCCCUGAACUGAAACAGUGUUAAGUGUGCAAAAGGACAAAGAGAAACGUACAAAAUGCUACGAGCUUCUGUUGUGUUACUCGUUUUGGUUGCGAUUGUGUCCGGCGCGGCCGCCACCUUCGGAUACGGACUGCUGGGUGGAACAGGAUAUAAUGGCGGUUAUGGAGGUUAUGGCGGAUACAAUGGGUAUGGAGGAUACGGAGGAUAUGGAGGUGGAUAUCAGCCGUACGGUUAUGGUUACGGAUAUCCUGGUAAAUAUGGGAGCUAUGGAGGAUACAACGGUGGAUACGGUGGAUACGGCGGUUACGGCGGGUACGGCGGAUACGGUGGAUACGGUGGAUAUGGUGGAUAUGGUGGCUAUGGAGGAAUUCGACCCUAUUUCCGAUAAAGGUUUGAUCACUGUAUCGUUACAUCUUUAAGCGUUCUAGUGUGUUAGGUUCCCUGGUUGCCUACAACAUGUGAUAAAUCGAAUCCCUUUUUUUCGUAGUUUAUUGUACGUCUUUCACUGAGUUAAAAUAAAGUACCGUUUCAAACGAAACGCCACAAUAA